UUGGUUGCAGAGCCUACGCUGUUCCUCCAACGAGGAGGGAGGAGCUUCGCGGCAUAGAGGCAGAACUGCAGACCGCUGCCUGAACAUCAAGUCAUCACCCAUGCACCAGAGUAGUGGAUUUCAGCUGUGAAAAUCUGCUGAGAUCCUUGGCCAUUUUAUGCCCCAGCAAUAAGGUGUGUAAGCGGGUGCUCCCAUUACACCAGUGGUCAAGAUGGUGGCCCUGUCGCUGAAGAUCUGCGUCCGGCAGUGCAACGUGGUCAAGACCAUGCAGUUUGAGCCCUCCACGCCGGUGUACGACGCCUGCCGGAUAAUCCGAGAGAGAGUUCCAGAAGCCCAGACUGGACAAGCCUCUGACUAUGGCCUGUUUCUCUCAGACGAUGACCCCAGGAAAGGAAUCUGGUUGGAAUCGGGGCGAACGCUGGAUUACUACAUGCUACGGAAUGGGGAUGUGCUGGAGUACAAGAAGAAGCAGAGGCCACAGAAGAUCAAAAUGCUCGACGGCGCGGUGAAAACCAUCAUGGUGGACGACUCCAAGACCGUAGGAGAGCUGCUGGUCACCAUAUGCAGUAGGAUAGGAAUAACCAACUAUGAGGAGUACUCGCUGAUCCAGGAGCAGGUGGAGGAGAAGAAGGAGGAUGGCAUGGGCACGCUGAAGAAGGACCGCACGCUGCUGCGCGAUGAGAGGAAGAUGGAGAAGCUCAAAGCCAAGCUGCACACAGACGACGACUUGAACUGGCUGGACCACAGCCGUACGUUCCGUGAGCAGGGCGUGGAGGAGAGCGAGACCCUGCUGCUCAGGAGGAAGUUCUUCUACUCCGAUCAGAACGUGGACUCCAGAGACCCGGUCCAGCUCAACCUGCUCUACGUCCAGGCCCGGGAUGACAUUCUGAACGGCUCCCACCCGGUGUCCUUUGACAAGGCCUGCGAGUUUGCUGGAAUCCAGGCACAGAUCCAGUUCGGGCCGCACGUGGAGCACAAACACAAGCCCGGAUUCCUCGACCUGAAGGAGUUUCAGCCCAAGGAGUACAUCAAGCAGAGGGGUUCCGAGAAGAGGAUCUUUCAGGACCACAAGAGCUGCGGUGAGAUGACGGAAAUCGAGGCCAAAGUGAAGUAUGUGAAACUGGCUCGAUCUCUACGGACAUACGGGGUCUCUUUCUUCCUGGUGAAGGAGAAAAUGAAGAGCAAGAAUAAGCUGGUCCCGCGCUUGCUGGGCAUUACCAAAGAGUCAGUCAUGCGGGUGGAGGAGAAGACCAAAGACGUGGUCCAGGAGUGGCCCCUCACCACCGUCAAGAGAUGGGCGGCCUCCCCCAAGAGCUUCACCUUGGACUUUGGCGAGUAUCAGGAGAGCUACUACUCUGUCCAGACCACAGAAGGCGAGCAAAUCUCCCAACUGAUUGCCGGAUACAUCGACAUCAUCCUUAAAAAAAAGCAGAGUAAGGAUCGCUUUGGCUUGGAGGGCGAUGAAGAGUCAACCAUGUUGGAAGAAUCGGUCUCCCCAAAAAAGUCCACCAUCCUGCAGCAGCAGUUUAACCGAGUGGGGCGGGUGGAGCACGGCUCAGUGGCCCUGCCUGGCAUCAUGCGCUCGGGCUCCGUCGGAGGCCCCGACACCUUCAACAUGGGCACCAUGCCCUCUGCCCAGCAGCAGAUCACCACAGGCCAAAUGCAUCGCGGGCACAUGCCCCCACUGAGCCUGGCUCAGCAGGCCCUCAUGGGCACCAUCAACAGCAGCAUGCAGGCGGUGCAGCAGGCCCAGGACGACCUGGGAGAGGUGGACGACCUUCCACCCCUGGGGCAGGACAUGGCAUCCCGCGUGUGGGUCCAGAACAAAGUGGACGAGUCCAAGCAUGAGAUCCACUCGCAAGUCGACGCCAUCACCGCGGGAACCGCAUCUGUUGUCAAUCUCACGUCAGGUGACCCUACGGACACAGACUACACGGCCGUGGGCUGCGCCAUCACCACCAUCUCCUCCAACCUCACCGAGAUGUCCAAGGGGGUGAAGCUGCUGGCCGCCCUGAUGGACGACGAGGUGGGCAGCGGACAGAACCUGAUGGGCGCCGCCAGGACCCUCGCCGGGGCAGUGUCGGACCUGCUCAAGGCCGUGGAGCCGGCCUCCGGAGAGCCCAGGCAGACCGUGUUGACUGCUGCCGGAAGCAUUGGCCAGGCCAGCGGAGACCUGCUGCGCCAGAUCGGGGAGGGUGAGACUGACGACAGAUUCCAGGAAGUACUGAUGACCCUGGCCAAAGCGGUGGCCAACGCAGCUGCCAUGCUCGUGCUCAAGGCCAAGAACGUGGCGCAGGUGGCAGAGGACCCUGUCCUUCAGAACCGUGUGAUUGCCGCGGCAACCCAGUGCGCCUUGUCCACUUCCCAGCUGGUGGCCUGCACCAAGGUGGUGAGCCCCACCAUCAGUUCCCCGGUGUGCCAGGAGCAGCUGGUGGAGGCUGGGCGGCUGGUGGAGCGCUCGGUGGAGGGCUGCGUCAAGGCCUGCCACUCCGCCACGGAUGAGGGCGACCUCCUCAAACAGGUGAGUGCGGCAGCGGGCACGGUGAGCCAGGCCCUCAGCGACCUCCUGCAGCACGUGCGCCACUAUGCUAGCUGCGGAGAGCCCAUCGGGCGUUACGACCAGGCCACCGACACCAUCAUGACCGUCACCGAGAACAUCUUCACCUCCAUGGGGGACGCAGGUGAAAUGGUGCGCCAGGCUCGAGUCCUGGCCCAAGCCACCUCUGACCUCGUGAACGCCAUGCGCUCAGACGCUGAGGCCGAGAUCGACGUGGACAACUCCAAGAAGCUGCUAGCGGCCGCCAAGCUGCUGGCCGACGCCACUGCCAGGAUGGUGGAGGCCGCUAAGGGAGCUGCAGCAAACCCAGAGAAUGAGGACCAGCAGCAGAGGCUGAGAGAGGCUGCAGAAGGCCUGAGAGUGGCCACCAACGCCGCUGCUCAGAACGCCAUCAAGAAGAAACUUGUCAACAGACUGGAAAACGCGGCUAAGCAGGCUGCAGCUGCGGCCACUCAGACCAUCGCUGCCUCCCAGAAUGCCGCAGCCUCCAAUAAAAACACCGUCUCCCAUCAGCAGCUGGUGCUCAGCUGCAAGGCGGUUGCAGACCACAUCCCUCAGCUGGUUCAGGGCAUGAGGAGUAGCCAAGCUCAGCCUGAGGACUUGGGAGCCCAGCUUAGCCUCAUCAUUGCCAGCCAAAACUUCCUGCAGCCUGGUAGCAAAAUGGUGACAUCGGCUAAAUCGGCGGUGCCCACAGUGACCGACCAGGCAGCCGCUAUGCAACUGGGCCAGUGUGCAAAGAACCUGGCCACCUGCUUGGCGGAGCUUCGCACUGCAGCACAGCAGGCGCAUGAAGCUUGUGGACCCCUGGAGAUCGAUUCGGCACUCAACACCGUCCAGACGCUGAGGAAUGAGCUGCAGGAUGCCAAGAAGGCCGCUUUGGAGGGCCAGCUCAAGCCACUGCCCGGAGAAUCACUGGAGAAGUGUGCCCAGGACCUUGGCAGCACCUCCAAAGCAGUGGGCUCCUCCAUGGCCCAGCUCCUGACCUGCGCUGCUCAGGGCAAUGAACACUACACAGGUGUGGCGGCCAGGGAGACAGCCCAGGCGCUGAAGACUCUGGCCCAGGCAGCACGAGGGGUGGCGGCCUGCUCUGUGGAGCCGCAGUCCGCAGCGGCCAUGUUGGAUUCAGCCGGCCACGUCAUGGAGGGCUCGGCCGUGCUGAUCAACGAGGCCCACCAGGCCCUGGUCUCCCCUGGCGACGCAGAGUCUCAGCAGAGGCUGGCACAGGUGGCAAAGGCUGUUUCCCACUCCCUUAAUAACUGUGUGAACUGCCUCCCUGGUCAGAAAGAUGUUGACAUGGCCCUCAGGAGUAUUGGAGAGGCCAGCAAGAAGCUGCAAGUAGACAACCUCCCUCCCUGCUCCAAGUCUUUCCAGGAGGCUCAGAGUGACUUGAACCACACGGCCGCAGAGCUCAACCACUCGGCUGGGGAGGUGGUCCACUCCUCCCGUGGCCAAAGCAGACAGCUGUCUGAGGCUUCCGGAAAAUUCAGUGAGGACUUUGAUGAGUUCCUGGACGCAGGCAUAGAGAUGGCCGGGCACACACAGAGAAAAGACGACCAGAUCCAAGUCAUUAGCAAUCUGAAGAACAUCUCCAUGGCUUCCAGCAAGCUGCUGCUGGCUGCCAAGUCCCUCUCCGUGGACCCAGGAGCAGCCAAUGCCAAGAACCUUUUAGCGGCUGCGGCCAGAGCGGUGACGGAGAGCAUCAACCAGCUCAUCUCCCUGUGCACCCAGCAGGCACCGGGGCAGAAGGAGUGUGACAACGCCCUGCGGGAGCUGGAGGCGGUUAGAGGCCUGCUGGACAAUCCCAAUGAGCCAGUCAGUGAUCUCUCCUACUUCGACUGCAUCGAGAGCGUCAUGGAAAAUUCCAAGGUCCUGGGGGAGUCCAUGGCCGGGAUCUCACAGAACUGCAAGACGGGAGACGUGCCAGCGUUUGGCGAGAGCGUGGGGGUGGCAUCCAAAGCCCUGUGUGGGCUGACUGAGGCAGCAGGACAGGCCUCUUACCUGGUUGGAGUGUCAGACCCCAAUAGCCAGUCAGGUCACCAGGGGCUAGUGGACCCCAUCCAGUUUGCCAGAGCCAACCAGGCCAUUCAGAUGGCCUGCCAGAACCUGGUGGAUCCAGCCAGUAGCCCCUCACAGGUCCUGUCUGCUGCCACAAUCGUAGCCAAGCACACAUCAGCCCUGUGCAAUGCGUGUCGCCUGGCCUCCUCCAAGACGGGCAACCCUGUGGCCCGCAGGCAGUUCGUCCAGUCAGCUAAAGAGGUGGCCAACACCACCGCUAACCUGGUCAAAACCAUUAAGGCCUUGGACGGGGAUUUCUCCAACGAGAACCGCGAGCGCUGCCGCGUGGCCACCAACCCGCUCAUCGAGGCCGUGGAGAACCUGUCCACAUUCGCCUCCAACCCCGAGUUCGCCAGCAUUCCUGCCCAGAUAAGCAACGAGGGCUCAGCGGCCCAGGAGCCAAUCCUGCGCUCUGCUCGCUCCAUGCUGGACAGCUCCACCCAUCUGCUGGAGACGGCGCGCUCGCUCAUCCUCAACCCCAAGGACCCGCCCACCUGGUCAGUGCUGGCCGGCCACUCCCGCACCGUGUCCGACUCCAUCAAGGGCCUCAUCACCGCCAUCAGGGACAAGGCCCCGGGGCAGAGGGAGUGUGACUACUCCAUCGACAGCAUCAACAAGUGCAUCAGGGACAUCGAGCAGGCCUCUCUGGCCGCCGUUGGCCAGAGCCUACCCAGCAGGGAUGACAUCUCUCUGGAGGCCUUGCAGGAUCAGCUGACGUCUGCUGUACAGGAGAUUGGCUACCUCAUCGACCCUGUCUCCACGGCAGCCAGAGGAGAAGCCGCCCAGCUGGGCCACAAGGUGACCCAGCUGGCCAGCUACUUUGAGCCCCUCAUCGUGGCAUCUGUCGGGCUGGCGUCGAAGCUGAUGGACCACCAGCAGCAGAUGAACAUCCUGGACCAGACCAAGACCCUAUCUGAGUCCGCCCUGCAGAUGCUCUAUGCUGCCAAGGAGGGAGGAGGCAACCCCAAGGUGCGGCAUGCGGCCCACACACAUGACGCCAUUGCCGAGGCAGCCCAGCUGAUGAAGGAGGCGGUGGAUGACAUCAUGGUGACCCUGAACGAGGCAGCCAGUGAAGGGGGCAUGGUGGGAGGGAUGGUGGAGUCCAUCGCCGAGGCCAUGGGUCGGUUGGGCGAGGGAACUCCCCCCGAGCCCGAAGGCACCUUUGUGGACUACCAGACGACUAUGGUGAAGUACUCUAAGGGCAUCGCCAUCACGGCACAAGAGAUGAUGACCAAGUCUGUGACCUGUCCAGAGGAGCUGGGUGGCCUGGCGUCUCAGGUGACCGUGGACUACAGCCAGCUGGCCCACCAGGGCCGCCUUGCUGCCGCCACCGCUGAGCCCGAGGAGGUGGGCGGUCAGAUAAAGUCUCGUGUCCAGGAGCUUGGUCACGGCUGCAUCUUCCUGGUCCAGAAGGCCGGGGCCCUGCAGAUGAGCCCCACGGACAGCUUCUCCAAGCGGGAGCUGAUCGAAUGCGCCCGCACCGUAACGGAGAAGGUCUCCAUGGUCCUCUCAGCUCUUCAGGCUGGUAAUAAAGGCACCCAGGCCUGCAUCACAGCUGCCAGCUCCGUGUCGGGCAUCAUCGCAGACCUGGACACCACUAUCAUGUUCGCUUCAGCCGGAACACUCAACCCUGAGAACGAGGAGUCCUUCGCUGACCACAGGGAGAGCAUCCUGAAGACGGCCAAGGCCUUGGUGGAGGACACCAAGAUGCUGGUGGCAGGAGCGGCCUCCAGCCAGGAGAAGCUGGCCCAGGCUGCCCACUCCUCGGCCAAGACAAUCACCCAGCUCACCGAGGUGGUCAAGCUCGGGGCGACCAGCAUGGGCUCAGAGGACCCGGAGACACAGGUUGUUCUCAUAAAUGCAGUGAGGGAUGUGGCCAAGGCUCUGGCCGAGCUCAUCGGUGCCACCAAGUGUGCCGCAGGAAAGCCAGCUGAUGACCCCUCCAUGUACCAACUGAAAAGUGCCGCCAAAGUGAUGGUGACGAAUGUGACAUCGCUGCUGAAGACGGUGAAGGCUGUCGAGGACGAGGCUACGCGUGGGACCAGAGCCCUGGAGGCUGCCAUCGAGUGCAUCAAGCAAGAACUGACUGUCUUCCAGUCCAAGGACGUUCCGGAGAAGUCCACCACCCCAGAAGAGUUCAUCCGCAUGACCAAGGGCAUCACCACGGCGACAGCCAAGGCUGUUGCCGCGGGCAACUCUGCCCAGCAGGAGGAUGUGAUUGCCACUGCCAACCUGAGCCGUAAAGCCAUCUCCGACAUGCUCACCACCUGCAAGCAAGCUGCAUAUCACCCAGAGGUGAGUGAGGAUGUGAGGAGCAAGGCCCUGCUCUACGGCAUUGAGUGCACCACCGGAUACGCUGACCUGCUGGAGCAUGUCCUCCAGGUCUUAAUGAAGCCCACGGCUGAGCAGAAGCAGCAGCUGACUGUGUUCUCCAAGCGAGUGGCCAGCUCUGUCACUGAACUCAUCCAGACCGCAGAAGCCAUGAAGGACGGGGCCCCGACCUGUAAGAUUACAUGGAGGUGGAGUAUGCAAGGAACAGAGUGGGUGGACCCUGAAGAUCCCACUGUCAUCGCCGAGACCGAAUUGCUAGGCGCAGCGGCAUCCAUUGAAGCUGCGGCCAAGAAGCUGGAGCAGCUGAAGCCGAGAGCCAAACCUAAGCAAGCAGAUGAGUCUCUGGAUUUCGAGGAGCAGAUCUUGGAGGCGGCCAAAUCCAUUGCUGCGGCAACAAGCGCCCUGGUGAAAUCCGCCUCUGCUGCUCAGAGGGAGCUAGUGGCACAGGGCAAGGUGGGCUCCAUCCCUGGCAAUGCUGUAGAUGAUGGCCAGUGGUCCCAGGGCCUCAUAUCCGCCGCCCGUAUGGUUGCCGCGGCCACCAGUAACCUUUGCGAAGCGGCUAACGCGUCGGUGCAGGGCCAUGCCAGCGAGGAGAAGCUCAUCUCCUCGGCCAAGCAGGUGGCCGCUUCCACCGCCCAGCUACUCGUAGCCUGCAAGGUCAAAGCUGAUCAGGAUUCCGAGGCCAUGAGGAGGCUACAGGCUGCUGGGAAUGCGGUGAAGCGGGCAUCUGACAACCUGGUGAAAGCGGCUCAGAAGGCUGCCUUCGACAAACCCGACGACAACAGCGUGGUGGUCAAGACCAAAUUCGUGGGUGGCAUAGCCCAGAUCAUUGCGGCGCAGGAGGAGAUGCUGCGUAAGGAGCGGGAGCUAGAGGAGGCGCGGAAGAAGCUGGCCCAGAUCCGUCAGCAGCAGUACAAGUUCCUGCCCAGCGAGCUGCGCGAGGACGAGAGCUGAGCCAAUCAGAAGGGUUCUUAAUGUAAUCAUCAGCCUCUGAUUGGCCAAUCCAUUUGCUGAAAGAGGGGGGGGGGGGGGGGGUGGCUGGCUGUCACCGAUUGGUUGGCUAGCUGCUUGCUCCUUUUUUGCAGAGGGCGGAGCUUAUGACUGUUGUUGGUUUCUUCUCUCAAAGAAGGGGUGGGGCUACUACCUAUGACUAGUUUCUUGUCAAGCUGUGGGGAGGGGCUAAUCUGUGAUUGAGGGUGGGGUUUGAAGCAAGCUAGCCUGAUCUCUCUAGCGAACUUGCCGGAAGCCAUGAUAAGUGGCUGUGUGCUUGUGUAAGUGUAUGCGUGUGAGGGUGUAUGGGUGUUUGUCAUGUAAGUGUGUGUCCGUUACGUGUGCCUGAGUAAGUAAGAGUCUUUCAGUGAAAACAGAAGCAAGGACCAUCUGAAUCUAGGUAUAUACAGAACAAGGCCUAAGAAAUCAUACCGUGCAGGCUUCACUUGACGUCUAUUGAUCGUCAUGAUUUAAAAAAUGUAAAGGCCUCGUAUUUUAUAAGCAUACACUUACGCAAUAAAUGCUAUAAUGUAUCCUUGUGUUUUAUGAUACAACAUUAAUGGUCAGAGUAAAACCCUGUGGAUGAAGUGAGUUUUUGUCUUGUGUGAGCCACUGCAAUAGGAUGUCUUACUUACGUACUGGCUUAAACCACUAAUAUAUUACCAUAGGAAUGCCACGCAAAAGUUCUCUCAGAACAUUCCCCCUUGUUUACAGUGCAUGGUUUCAGCGCUCUCUCCAAGGCUUCCUCACUGGCUUAGCAAGCAGCUUUGAGACUACACAUAUCAUUAUGGCUAAAAACCCAAUCUUAAGACUGCUUGCAAAGCUUUGUUUGCCAUUGGCCAUUACGUCAUAGGAUGUCCACCAUCUUGUUUUACUAUAAAGAGGGGAAGUCGCCUCUGACUUACAUUUUUUUUUUAGGUUCUGUGCAGCAAAACCAUAGGGGUCAGUUAGCUUCAGAGCAGCAGCAGACAGAAUGAAUAGCAUACUCCCUUAUAUAUACAGUAUCAGAUCUGCAGGGUUGUCUCCUGAACUGAGGAGUAUUUCUGCAAGUCUCCGAGCAGGCCUUUUCCUCUGGACCCGUCCGCACAUGGUUCGGCUCUUUAAACAGCAGUGAGGUGUGCAAAAGGAGUGGGUCUAAUCUUCAGCUCGAAGUCUGAGCUGGCAGGCCCAUAUUCAUCCUGUCUUCCUUUCCUGCCUCCUACACACACACACACAUACACACAUACACACACACACACACACACACACACACACACACAGCGGUGCACACAUUCAUGCGUCACGUAGCUCCACAUAAGAACAUAAAUCGUCACACUGCACUACUGCGGUAGUCUGUAUAAGGGGCCCCGUGUUUACAUUCCCAGUGCUGUUUGUUCUCUCCCAACCUCUGUUUUAAUUCUGCUCUCACUGACAGUAACCAGAUGCAGGUCAGGAACUUCAGCCCCAAUGAGUAAAAUGUCUUCAUCUACACACACGCACGUCUGCCUGCCCGUGCACGUCACACUCACACACACCCAUCUAGUUUAAUUUAUAAGGAUCUCUUUGGAGCCACUCUUCAGGGUCAUAGUACACAACACAAAGGUCCCCUAUUAUUCAGAGUCAGACAAAGCCAACCAUGUGCUGUUAAAGAGACUCAUUCUGUGGAUCCACUUGAUUGCUCUUUUAAGAAGACAAAACGUAGCAUCUCCCCAUAUCAAGGACUCCUCCUUACGAUUGUACCUGCAUGGCAUUUAGGAAACUAAAUCGUGAGACAAAAAGCAUUUGUAGCUCUUUAGCGUGCGUUAAUCCAGAUGACUGAGGACUCUGGAGCGUUAUUGGCAGAUCCGCGCCAGACGUGGGCCAAAAUCGCCCCAGAAUCGCCGGCUGUUAUCUGGGAGGAUGUGUAGUUAAUUGGCUGCAUUGUGAGCAGCUGGUGAUGCGCCCCGUGUCUAUAACCACUUAUCGCCCUCCUGCUGUCUCUGCUCCACAUCCUCAAGGAGCCCGUGUAGGAACCUCACUUUCUUUCUUUAUGUUCGCCUUUUGUUCUCGACAAAAGUCAAGAGUAUUCCUCACACACACACAAAUCUCCACACGGACACAACGUACACACACACAAACACAAUUUCUCCCUCAGAAUCUGGACUGCCUCGUCUAAUAGUGCCUUAUUCUGUCUGUCUGGUGAUAAGAACACAGCUGAUCUGGUACUGACCUGAUAAUGGCAAACUGGACCCAGUCUGGUCACUGUUAUACUCCUGGGUUCUGCGCCAACUUGCCUCUUUCGGCUUUCAUCGUUGUCUGCCCCUGUCGAGUCGUUUCGGGCCUCGUCAGCCGUGUGUUGAAACUAUGUGGCCUGAUGCAGAGCUGUGGCAGUCUCCCUGACUGUCUGUCGUCACUGAAAGACAUGCUGUCGUGUUAAAAAAAAAAAGUAAUAAGAUUCUAUCAAGUACAUAUACUAAUAUGAUCAAUAAUAAGGAUUCAUAAGUAAGUACUGUGCAUUCCAUGAGCAUGUACCAUGAUGCUUUUGAAGUCCUGACGCCAAUCUUCUACCUUCUUUUUUUUUGGAGUUCAUGUAGCGGUGUCACAGCUGUCUCUCGCAAAAAAAGCGAGAUUAUAAUAACUCCCAUUCUUCUGAUGUCUGUUGUGGGUAAACCACUACUAAUGAAGUUUUUUUUUUGUUGUUGUUUUCUAUUUGAAACAAUAAAUGUAAUGAAGAUAUUGAAACAUGUGGUGACAAAUGUGGUGUGUCUUACCGGAGCAGAAAAAAAAAAAAAAAAAACUAGCGCCUUCAUUUCAAUAGAGUUUAGGGCUUUCUUAACCCACUGAGAUAGUGACAAUGAUGACAUUAUGAACAUGAAAAAUGAUGCUGUAUGUAUAAUAUUUAUCUGGUCACAAAAGUAUUUUUUGUAUUCCCUGGAAAAAAAAAUAAAACAAAAAAGAAUUUCAAAGAAUGGAAA